AGUUCCUUUUACCAGUGCAAGCCACGGUGGUGAGGAGGGUUGCCAGGCCCAUGGUGCUCCCUUUGUCCUGACAGGCAGCUGUCUAAGCAGUAGCAGCAAGGGACUGUAACUGUGUCUGCUGCCUCACCAGGGUGCCUCAACUCUGACUGUUGGAGUCUCCUAUUUGUAGCUUCCUUAAUUUUCAGAUCUGUUCUCAGAAUGUUGCCAGCUGACACCUCUAAUCCAUAGUUAAGUCUGAAGGAUCUUUCUGCAUUAAUGCCUGUCGUCAAUCAACCUGGUCUUACAAUUCCUUUUGUUCCUUUUUCUGAACCUCAAGUGUUAUGCUAGAGAUGUCUUUUCUCAAUUUCAUUGUGUCAGGAAGCCAGGAGUUGGAGUAAUAUGAAGACAACUAAGAAUUAUUUCAAAUUUGGGCCAUCUGUGCUUGGCUGGGCCAGGGUAGGUUGGUACCAUGAUUCCUGCCCCAUGACCAGGAUUGUUGGGCUGUGUGUAAGAGCCCAAAUCCUCUGAGCUCUCAUUGUGCAGGUGCUCUGUGUCCCUCCAGCUGGCUGCCUUGAUGUGAAGAUAGUGCUAUUGACAACACUUUCUACAGCUGGCAGGUGGAAAAGAUUAUUUCCUCUUCUGCAACUUUCUGUCUCUUCUAAAUUCAGAGCAAGAGGUAAAGUCUUUGAAAUGCCCCAGGCUGGAGUGGGUUGAUCCCUUCAGCCAUACCACGGUCACUUUAAUUGUGCCUCUUUCACACUAAUGAAUAAUUAACUGCUCUGUGCAUAUGCACAGGCACGCUGGUCAUGGGCAUCUCUGCAGGGUUGGGGUGACCUGCAGAUGACCACGGGGAGCUGCUGACAUCAGCACACAGUCUCUUGGACUUGCUGCCUGUUUAUCUUCUUGGCCACCAGCUGAUCAAAGCUGAUGUCUCUGUGACCUGCAUUGGCAACAAGGGAAGGAGACCCCUGUGUGGCUGAUGAACCUGCUGGAUCCAGUCCAAAGGAGGCCAUGAAGAUGAUCAGAGGGCUGAAGCACCUCUGCGAUGAAGACGAGCUGAGAGGAUUGGAGAAGAGAAGGCUCUGGAGAGACCUUAUUCAGUACCUAAAGGAUGUCAACAGGAAAGCUGGAGAGGGACUUUUUGGCAGAGCCUCUUGUGAUAGGACAAAGGGUUAGAGGUUUUAAACUAAAGGAGGUUUGUUCUAGAUUGGAUUGAAGGGAAGUGUUUUAGAAUGAGGGCGGUGAAACACUGGAACAGGUUGCCUAGAGAGGUGGUGGGUGCCCCACCCCUGGAAAUAUUCAGGGAUAGGUUGGAUGAGGCUCUGAGCAAUACAGUCUAGUUCAACGUGCCCCUGCUCAUUGCAAGGACAUUGGACUGGGUGACCCCUAAGGGUCCCUUCCAACCCAAACUAUGAUUCUAUGAGGCUUUAGAGCCUCUAAGGCCUCUCUGCUUUUUACUACAAAACUGCUCUCAGUUGCUGGAGGAUUUUUCCUUGCAGAUUUUCAGUGGAAAGCUGGGGAAGUUGGCAACAGUGGAAAGCUGGGAAAGUUGGCAACAGUUUGCUUGCUAUUGUGUUUCCCUCUCAUUUCUUGCCCCCCUGCAUAUUGCUGCCAUUACCCAUCAAAGCAUCAGGCUGAGUCAGAUGUAGAAAAUGAGACGGAAAACGCAGGGUGAUGGAUGGGUGGCAGCCAAAAUGACUCUUUCUAUCCACCCGUCCCCUAAAGCUGCGAUAUUAGCUCAGAGGCUGUGCCUCAUGACUUCAUCCCUCCCUGCUGAGGAGAGAUGGGAACAUCAUUAUCAGCUGCCGACGAGUCCUGAUUUGGAGCCCUGAUUUGGAGCCGGCAGUGAAAAUGUCCUCGGAUGUAGGGCUCCUCCUCCGCCCCAAGGGUGACUUGAACCUGCUGGGAAGAUGGAGGAAGAGCUGGAGGGGGGAGAUGAGAAGAAAAAGGUGCAAAUUCAACCCUCUCUCUAUGAUGAUGUCAUGGCAACAAGUCAGGUGAUCAGGGCAGACUUUGAAGGUCUCCAGCCCUUCUCUGUCGCUGCAGGCUCACGUCUGACUCGCUGAAAUACCUUUUGGUUAAUAUUUAAUGCCAGCAUUGAAGUGCUAAGGGUGGCAAAUGCCUCACCUAAGCCCCCUGCCUUUGCUUUGCAAUGGGAUGCUAAAUUAGGGUGAGGAGGUAGGAUCACAAAUUUCAUUAUCUGGGAAUGGGACUAACAGUCAGCAGGGUGGCUUCAGCCCAUAGGGUCCCUGUGCCCAUCUGACUCCAGGACAUGAGAAAGAGGUUUCUAUCCCCUCCAGCCCCAUUUGGAGCUGGUUUGAGGCACUGGAAUAAGGAGGUGUCCCUCUCUUCAGGGCUGGCUCUGGAUUAGUGAAACCUGUGACCGUGCUCCGGGAGCCGAGCCCAGCUCCUUUGAUGCGAUCAGUUAGUACACGGAGUUGGUGUUUUGGCUGGCUGGUUGCUGUUUUUCUGAGCCAUGACCUAAUGAUCCCAUGUUCCAGCUACAGCCCCUCCUAGGGGCCUUCUGUCUGAAACGUGUGUCCGGACUGAAUUCAGCAAACUUCCCGGAGCAGGACGCCGUGUUCCUCCGCCCAGGGAAGCCAUCUGCUCCCCUCCACCAGCUCCUUCUGCGGGGCUCGGAGCUCGCCAGCCGGGCUGGGAAGCUCUCCUCCUCCUCGCUUGCCCCGGCUGUCCCCGGCCAUCUUGCCAGCAGAAGGCUCGGGAACGCGGGCCGGCUCAGUGUGGGGCGGCGAUGGUGUCAGCCGGAGGCGUUUCCAGGCAACUGCCGCGCCGUGGGACAGCGAGCCGGGAGCCGCGGGACAGCGCGUUCCCAGCGCCGCCCGGCAGGGCACCGGGACACGCGGGCAUGGCAGCAGAGGAGGGGGUCUCUAGGAUAGCCCCCCUGAGCAUCAUACCCUCCCUGGCGGGGAGUGAGCAUUCCCAAGCUGGCUGCUGGUGCAGCUCGCGACAAGGAAGAACUACAUGAUGUAUGGGAUUUCACAUGCCUUCUGCAUCCUUUGGAAGAGCAAAGAGAAAAUAAACAUUGUGCCAGACUGUACCGCAGCCCCCAGACUUACUGCAGGUGGUCCUGGGCUUGUCUGUCCCUUAUCAAAUACAGAGCUCCAUCCCUACAAGUCAUUAACCAUUUUUGUACACGCAUCCCAGCUCUGUGUCCCUGGUGUCACUGCAAAAAUGAAUUUUUUUGUAAAAAGGCAUGUUCUUCCCUUCCACAAGCUGCCAGUCCUCCCCAGCACUUGGUGGGUCCCACUGCCCCUCUGUGCCAAUGCCCAAGGCAGUAUCCCCACUCCUGCCUGCCUCCCCUACCUGCUUUAGAGGCCCUGGGAACAUCCUUGCCCCUGAAACUCACCUGCCUGGUGGCCCUUCCUUACACUGCCAGCCCAGCAUUUCCCCUUGCAGCAAUGUUGAUACUCACAUCACCUUCAUUUUAUCCAGUCUGAGUGAUUUUUGAAAGGGGGCUUGAGUACAACUGAUUUUCAAUGGAUCAGAGAAGCUGAUAAAAUUGAUGUGGCCAAGCAAUGGGAAAAAAAAUUCUUCUAGAUCCUGAGAGUGCAGUUAUGAUGAACAUGGGGAAUUGGGCUACGUAGUGCUUGGCAGGGUGUGUGCUGCAGAGGGGCCCAACCAUUUAAAUGCCCUGUAUUCAAAGAAACGUUCUGCAGCCCUGUGCAGGUGACAGGACAGUGGGGAGUCACCCGCAGCCAUUGCUGUCCCUGAGCCAGCAUUGCAGCUAUUGAUUUGGAACUUGCCCCGUUCACUCUAACCUUGGCAGUGCCAGCUUGACCCUAAUCAGCUCUGAUAAACCCUGCCACAACCUCCUGUCCCAUCCUGGUGGUGUCACACUGUGAGGUGCCGUGGUGACAGAUCUUUCCUGCCACUCUGCCCGUGCACCAGUUGGUCUUUUGCUGUGAUGCUCUAAAUCCAGGAAACCUCUCUCCUAUUUUUGCAUAGAGGCUGCAGCCACACCAACAUUUUUAACCCUGUGUUCGUGCCCAUCCCUUGCUGAGUGUUUUGUGUGAGGAAGGAUGCGGUGCCGGCUGCAAAUGCUUUUCCAGAGGAAACUUAAAUUCAGCUUUCUCUUUCUUCUGUUCUUGGCCCUUCUCGUGCACCUGGUGGUGGAUUUUGCUCUCCCCACAACCCACAGGUCCUGUGGCUGCAAUACUAGAGCAUCAAAAGCUGUGGGUGUCCCAUCAGGCAGCCCCAUGCCGGGCAGCCUCAAAAAGCUGAGCCUGCGAAUCCUUCAGGAUUUCAGUGGAAGCAACGGCUCCUUGGAGAAAAGUUCCCAGCCAGAGAGAGCAGGACUGCACUUAAGGGCUGGAGAGCCAGGGGUCCAGCAGCAGCAAGAAGAGGCCAAUGCAGGGUGGACCAAGGGAUCAAAGCUGGCAGCACUCUUCGAGCAUCCUCUUUACAACAUCCCAGUCCCAGAGGUGACAGAGAAGGACAAGCUGUUUGUCGUCAACCCCAUGGAGAAGUUCAGCCUGCGCAGCAGCGGCAGUGACGAAUGGGUCAGCAGCAGUAAAGCCGAGACGCUCCUCCCGACAGGGAAGACAGCCUAUGACACCUACCCCACCUGGCUCAAAUUCCACAUCGGCAUCAACCGCUAUGAGCUGUACCCCCGCCGGGACCCCUUGUUGCCCACGCUCCUCCGGGACUUGGCCACGCAAAGGAUCAUCAGCUCAGUCCAGAAGUCCGGCGGGACCCAGCUCAAGCUCAUCAUGACGUUCCCAAACUAUGGGCAGGCCCUCUUCAAGCCCAUGAAGCAGACCCGGGACCAGGAGACCCCCAUUGAUUUCUUCUACUUCUCAGACUUUGAGCGGCACAAUGCAGAGAUUGCAGCCUUCCACCUGGACAGGAUCCUGGAUUUCCGGCGAAUCCCCCCAGUUUCUGGCCGUUUGGUCAACAUAACAAAGGAAAUUCGGGAUAUCACCACAGACAAGAAACUGGCCAAGACUUUCUUCAUCUCCCCAGCGGGUAACGUCUGCUUCUACGGGGAGUGCUCCUACUACUGCUCCACCGAGCACGCCCUCUGCGGCAAACCGGACCGGCUGGAGGGCUCCAUGGCUGCCCUACUCCCUGACAAGACCCUGGCCAAGCGCCGCUCCUGGCGCAGCCCCUGGCGCCGCUCCUACCACAAGAGCAAGAAGGCUGAGUGGGAGCUGAACCCCAACUACUGCGCUCAGGUGCGAGAGACACCGCCCUACGACAGGGGCCAUCGGCUCCUCGACCUCAUUGACAUGGCCAUCCUCGACUUCCUCAUGGGCAACAUGGACCGGCACCACUAUGAGACCUUUGAGAAAUUUGGGAAUGACACUUUCCUGCUCCACCUGGACAACGGUCGCGGCUUCGGCGCGCACUCACGCGAUGAACCGUCCAUCCUGGCCCCUCUCCAGCAAUGCUGCAGCAUCAAGAAGUCGACUUACCUGCGGCUGCAGCUGCUGGCCACCCAGCCCUACCGCCUGAGCGACGUGCUGCGGGAGGCGCUGGCCGCAGACCCCCUGGCCCCUGUGCUGGCUGAGCCCCACCUGCAGGCACUGGACCGGCGCCUGGGGAAGGUGCUGGCGGCGGUGGGACACUGCCUGGCCAGGGCAGCCCACCGGGAGAAGGUGCUGGUGGACGAUGUGGGGUCGUGGGUGUGAUGGGGGCUGGGUACCCCGCUGGACUGGGCUGUUGUGGUGUGCUGCUGAGGGUGAUGUGGGGAUCCAGGUGCAGCUCUGAUUCUGUGUAGCGUCAGCUUUUGGUGGUGCCCGAGCUGGUGGCCUGAUGAACCAGGAAAGCAGGUUGUAAGGAUAGGUGGGACAGGGAGGGAAUUUAAAUAAAAUGUUGGCCUAGUGGAGAGGACACAAGCUGUGAUCUUCCCCACCAAGUCUGUUUUCCCAGCCCUGGCCUGUCCUUGCAUGCCUGGAUGUGUAACUUCAGCCCUCCAAAGCCUUUUAGGAAAGGGUAAGGAUUUUUCCUGCCUUUCCCCAGCAAGAACUGCCAAACUGGAAUAGCUGGCCCACCCCUCCUGCCCCACCCCCACCCCCAGCACGGUGAUGCCCUGGUGACCCCCCAAAAGAGAGCUGAGACUCCCCAGUGCUGGUGUGGGGAAAAUGAGGCAGAAGCUCCCAGCUAUACACCACUUAUCUUUGCCCCAGUCUUCCCACACCCACUCAAAAACUCCCAUGGCUCUGACAUCACCACCUCCUCCACAGGACCAGGGAUGCAGCAAGGACAAACCCCAGUCCCUUGAAAGCAUCAAAUCCUCCAGGAACUGCCACUGACUCCCUUCAGACCCAAAAAAGUGGCUCCUGAGGAGGGGCUGGAUUGACCUGGGGCUGUGCACCCUGCUUAGUGCCUGGUGGCUCAGCACCCAGCUUAUCCCCUGAGCCUCCCGGGGGGGUUAAUCCACGCAGGGUUACGUCAGCUGGAGCAGGUGCCAUUGUGACAGCCACUGCCAGCGUGCCCAGGUUGGGACACGGGAUUGCCAUCUGCACGGCCAGAGUUAAAGGUGCCACUGGGGAGGGGAGAUGCCCUCUGUCCCAGCCAGACACUUGCAAAGGGAUGGGAAGCCACGGGAAAGGGUGAAAAAGGGCAGCUGGCACAGUGGGAGAUGGAGCUGGAAAAGCUAGGCAGAGAUUUUGGCUGAAACAAAAAAUGGGCUCAAAAGGCAGGGAAAAAAAAAAGGAAAGGGAGACAAAGAGGAUCUGUCUGCGUUACACAACGGGGCUGGGGCCGCUGAAUCGGGGUUUGUUGCAGUGUGCCCCCCCAGUGCUGAGAGCACGUCCUCCUGCCACUGCCCUGGCUCGUGCCCCAAAGCCCAGCACACGGAGGAAAAGGUUUCAGGGCUGUUGUGCAAUAGGUUCCUUCCCUUCUGCCAGCUUCGUAGUUUUUUUAACUCUUUAUAUAAAUACCUUUUUGCCCUAUAUGCAAAGCCAGGAGGACCAUUCCUGUUUCCCACAGAAACAGCCUAAACAACCGCGUCCAGACACAGGUGGCCGGUUACUCCGAGUCUCAGAGCUCCCCCAGGCAAAUAUUUUUUUCCGAGGCGCCGUCAGAUUUGAAACGCGAGGUGCGGGGGGGUGGCUGUUUUUUUAGUUUUCAGCCGGGUGAGUUUGCACAAGGGCCGUUCAAGGUCCCACGGGAGCAGCCCGCUGCGGCUCACACGGCCCUGAGAGCCUGCCCAGCCUCCUGGGGCAGAGCGAUGGCAGCGGGUGUGGGCACACGGGUGUCGAGGGGGCUGCCCACGCCCCAGGGAUCGGUUCGGCCGUGUCGCCGAGACGGGUGGUGCGUGGGGUGCGGGGAUUUCUCACCCCAGCAGGACCAGCAAACCAGCCGCCCCAAAAACAGCCCAGACGGGGCUGGGGUGCAGCCCUGCACCUGGGAGCUCCCAUUUCGGGCCGGCAUCGCCCACGCCCUUGGCUGGCAGCGUGGGCUGGCUGCUGCCCGUGCUGGGCACGGCGGCCGAACGCCAGGGCUGAGCUGUUUGGGGACCGGUGCCGGUGGGCAGCAGCGUGCGGAUGGGCCCUCCUCGUCGGCCCCCCCAAAAUGAUGAAAAUA